GCCAGGAGCCGUGCGCCCCGCCCCGCUCUCCGCUUACGCUCAGGAGCCCCCACGCUCUCGGGUUACCUGCGGCCGUGGGCGGGGCGGCCCUUCCCGUCUGCGCCGACUCUGGCCUCUUGCGCGCGGCAGCCGGGAAGUGGGAGAGAGAACAGAGGAGGCGGAGACUUUGGCGGCUCCAGCCCUGCCACACUUCGAGGUGAGGGUCUGCAUGGCGCGGCCGGCGCGGCCGGCGCGGCCGUGCGGGCUGUGGGCGCUGCUACUGUGUGCUGCCGUGGUCGCAGGCACCACGACUACAGCAGGCCUCAAAUCCCAUCAGAAAAGAGUUGGUUAUCCGAAUAGUGGUCAUGCUAUUAUUGCACCCAUGGAAACAUCUUACCUGACAGACGUUCAGCCACCUGUGACAAAUUUGAGUGUCUCCGUCAAAGACCUCUGCACAAUAAUAUGGACAUGGGAUCCUCCUGAGGGAGCCAGCCCAAAUUGUAGCCUCAGAUAUUUUAGUUAUCUUGGUGAACAACAAGAUAAGAAAAUUGGUCCAGAAACUUGUCGUUUCAAGGAGAUACCCCUAAAUGAGAAGAUCUGUCUGCAAGUGGGGUCCCAGUGUAGUACCAAUGAAAGUGAGAAGCCUAGCCCUUUGGUGAAAAAGUGCAUCUUACCUCCUGAAGGUGAUCCUGAGUCUGCUGUGACUGAGCUCCAGUGCAUUUGGCACAACCUAAGCUAUAUGAAGUGUUCCUGGCUCCCUGGCAGAAAUACAAGCCCUGACACUAACUAUACUCUUUACUAUUGGUACAGAAGCCUGAUGAAAGUUCUUCAAUGUGAAAACAUCUAUAGAGAAGGUCAACACAAUGGCUGUUCCUUUAAAUUGACUAUAGUGGAUUCUAGUUUUGAACAGCAGAACAUUCAAAUAAUGGUCAAUGAUAGUGCUGGGAAAAUUAGGCCUUACUACAAAGUAGUGUCUUUAACUUCCUGUGUGAAACCUGAUCCUCCACAUAUUAAAAAUCUUUUCUUCAAAAAUGGUGCCUUAUUCGUGCAGUGGAAGAAUCCACAGAAUUUUAGUAGCCGAUGCUUAUCGUAUGAAGUGGAAGUCAAUAGUACUCAAACUGAACUACAAAGACCUUUCUAUGUUGAAGAGGACAAAUGCCAGAAUGCCGAACCUGAUAGAAACAUGGAGGCUGCAAGUUGUUUCAUAGUCCCUGGUAUCCUUCCUGACGCUGUCUAUACAGUCAGAGUAAGAGUCAAAACGAACAAGUUAUGCUUUGAUGACAACCACCUGUGGAGUAAUUGGAGCGAAGCAGCAAGUAUAGGUAAUGACGCGAACUCCACAUUCUACAUCACCAUGUUACUCAUCAUCCCAGUCAUUGUUGCAGGUGCAGUCAUAGUCCUUCUUCUUUACCUGAAAAGGCUCAAAAUCAUUAUAUUUCCUCCAAUUCCUGAUCCUGGCAAGAUUUUUAAAGAAAUGUUUGGAGACCAGAAUGAUGAUACCAUGCACUGGAAGAAGUAUGACAUCUAUGAGAAACAAUCCAAAGAAGAAACGGAUUCUGUAGUGCUGAUAGAAAACCUGAAGAAAGUGUCUCAGUGAUGGGAAUAAUUGAUUUCUUUUUUUUCCUUCAAUGUGACCCUGUGAAGAUUUAUUGCAUUCCCCAUUUGUUAUCCAAGGACUUGUUAAAGAGAAACUGAAACUGCUGGACUCUUGAAAAACAGGCAGCUCCUAAGAGCAGCACGUCUUGAUGUGAAUCUUGCCCAGAAAAAUCCAAACUAAUGGAGCUCUUUAAGAAGAAAGCAGAGUUCUUCUCAUGCUUGUUGAAUCUUAAAAGCAGACAUCAUUUGCCAAAUCUCCAAACUAAGGAUAAAAAAGGGAUUACAAUGACCAUCAGUUCAUCUUAUCAGGAGUUGUGAGAGCUUCCUAAGGAAUCUCUGCUUUGUCUGUAUUCUUUCUGUGGAAUAACAUAAAAAAAAUUUUUUGUUGUGAGGAAACUCAUUUGGGGUGUUUACACCAAUACUGUACUUGACCCCCAUAGAACAUCUAGCAAACAAAACCAAUACAAUCUGCUGCCUAUUGUUUGGGAGCACACUGAGUAAUAUUUGUGAUUAUUCAAAUGUGGUAUCAUUAUCCACUUCAAUAGCAUUUUCCUCUGCUUUAAAAUUCCCAGAAAUUGUCUUGGUCACAGAAAAGGCAGAAGCAGCUUCUCCACCAAGGCUGUUUCAUGUCAUUGCAGGAUUUUUUUUAGGAUAUUAGAGGCAAAAUAACCUGGUAUUCGAGUUGGAAGCAAGAAGUCUCUAAUUAUGUAUGCACACCCUUUCACUUCUGCGACUCAAAUCAAGUAUUGACUGUGUCUCGAGCGUGUGCUAAACCCUUAAGUGCAAGGGAUUGGACCCCCACCCCUUUACAUAUAUUUGGUAAUCCUUGUUUCUUAGCACUUUCUUUAUCUCCAGAUAGCCAUGUCCCAACCUUUUGAGCUUCCGAUCUCCUACGCUUAGUCCCUGCUAUGCUUACUCCCCCAUCUUCUUUUCUUAUAGCCUUUUGACUUUCGGGAGAAUUGAGGACACAAAUUUGCUUAGACUAUUUAGUGGAACAGGGAAUACAUUGCAUCUCAGGUAAAAGAUGAGUAGACUGAACAUCAAUGACUAAGGCAUACAUAGUUUGCAGCUUCCCUGUGAGCCUACAAUUAUUUGAGGUUUUUUUUUUUUUUUUUUUUUUUUUUUAGCAAUUGGUGUUUCUGUGUAAUAGAGAUGAUGUCUUUUCUUCACUUAGAAUUUAGCUCUAUUUGCUUGGGGGGGGGGAAGAUUUGUAUCUGUUUCUCUUUGUUUGCAUAAUAGGCCUUAGGAUGGCUGUUUUAUAUGCUGUAGAUAGUCCUGUCAAUUCUGUGUUUUACUGAGAGGGAGCCAAGUGGGGCCCCAACUAUGUACUCACUUUUUGCAUAUGUUAGGUUUCCAUUCUAUUCCAUUCCCACAAUAUAUAUGUAUAAAUACACACACACAUACACACACACACACACAUAUAUAUAUAUACAUUAUAUUCCCCUUAUUCCAACUAUUUCUAGCAAAUUUAAAACAGUGUGAGAGAGGUACCCUCCCUCUCUUUCUCACACACACAUGGAUCACAAGCAAGGACUGAAGAACUUCAUAUCACAAAUUACCAGACAUUUUCUAAGUUCCUAUUAAUAACAUAAGGCUACUUACAUCUCUUGUUAAGCAUGGAAGAUAAGUGACCCCUGCUCUCCACAAGUUGGGACAAAAGGGAACCUUGCUUCCACAGUAGUAGAGGGGCGCUGUGCCUGGCAUUUCAUAAAAUUAGGGUGCAUGGUAUGACUGACUGAUGCACAGGUAUUUCCUCCUGGCACUUUUGUUUUGGUUGCCAGCUUGCAGCUGGGAUGCAGACAUUGUAGAUGUUCUAGUUUCUCCUACUAUUCACUAGAAAGAAGACUUGGCUUUCUUGUGUAAGAGGAAGAUAACUCCUUAUCCAGGGUUUCAUAGUUCUGGGAAGGAAAGCACCUAAUUGCUUUGCACAGAGCCAUUUUUACUAUUGGCCUCUUUUGAUGGCGAAGAAGAAGAUGUGUUGAAAUGCCCUGGAGAUCAUACUAGAGUCUGGCAGCAUAGGGACAAGGACAUCAUAUUUUGCUUCCAUUUUCCUCUUUCAAUACCAGAGGGGAAAAGCAACAGUAAAUACAAUGAAGUUUGUUUUAACAGACAAAAGUAAUCUCUGGGCCUUAGUAAUUCUUAAUGACAUCAGUACAUUGCUUAUUAGAAACUUGGAGGUUCGCAUAUGGAUUGUCCCUCCAUAUACAUAAAAUAAACCCGGUGUAAAGAGGAUCGUUCCUUUUCUUUCAGAUAAUGUUUUUUGUUUUGUUUUGUUUUGUUUUUUUCUGAAUCUGGGCACUAAAGGGAUACAAGAAAUAAUGAUAAUGUUUUUGGUAAUGUCUUCAACUAUGAGUCUUUCUGUUCAAGUACUUGUAAGAAAGUAAAAUAAAUAUUGUCUUUUUGUAUGUCA